CGCAUGUCAUUAGAAGAACAUGUGCCAUAACAUGAGAAUAGCUUAACAGAAGUACUCCACAUUAUUCAAUAAAACAGGAGUACCCCAAUUCAGAAAAUGAAAGAGGCUCGAGGCAACGGGGCCAUUGGAAAGAUUGAACGAGCUGAAGGUCUGUCAUAUAACAGAGAUGAACCGUCAUGCGUAUUCCAGGUCUCCACGAAUCUAUGAGCCAGGUUAUUGCGGGGCGGUCAGGACGCAGACCGAGAACGCAAGUGACGUUGCAGGUUGAAAAGUCAAGUAGAGCGUCUCACGGAACUAAUGGAGAUGUUAGAUCGGGUGAUGGAAUUCUCGAUUCGGCCAAUUUGCCACCCUGCGGAUUUAUACACAGGUCGGUCAUAGUUAUGCAACGUCUAUUCAGUUUUCACUCUUGGUGACUUCCAAGGACUAUAACUCGAGCAAUUCAGGGUUUACAUCACCUAACCUAUAUACACCCAAGCCUUUCUACGUUAUAAUCUCAAUUACUGAGGUAUUUACUGGGUGUAUAAGGCCAAUUAUUAUUGUAAUAUAUGAC